AUGCAAACACUUGCAAGUGCAAAAAAAGAUUUUUAUUCCUUUACGGUCAAAGAUUGGCAAGGAAAUGAUGUUUCAUUAGAACAAUACCGUGGAAAGGUUUCGUUAGUUGUUAAUGUAGCGUCUGAAUGCGGAUUUACAGAUUCUCAUUACGAAGGUUUAGUUGGUCUACAACAGAAAUUAAAUACUGGAAGAAAUGUCUUUCAAGUACUCGCUUUUCCGUCAAAUCAAUUUGGAAAUCAAGAGCCACAGGUGUGAAUCAUGCUGUAGGCUAAAUCCCUUUCAAGAAUACAAGACCAUGGUGAUCUUCUAUUUGAUUUAUAUGGAAAAAAACUUAUCAACGUUGGAAAAUAUGACUUUCUAAUCCUAAAAAUUGCAUACCUGUUGUCAGAUGUCGAUGAGAUGAAUGUGUCUAUCCUUGUAAAAAUACUUGAUGAUGUGAUAUUUGAAAAGUUGACCUUUUUUACACCAUUUUGCCUUUGUGCACGCAGUGGCAUGAGAGAUUCAACCAAAAAUCGGUUUAUUUACAAGGAAUCGAUUGGUGUAUGAUAUGUUAAGAUUAUUAUAUACUAAUAGUUUCACCUGCCGAAAUCGGUUGGGACGUUUAAGUGGAAAAGCACACUUUAGUAUGAAAUUAUACUUUACUAGAGGCUAAAAUUCUGAGAAUAUUUUAGAUAUUUUACGAAGAAAACCGGACAUUUAAAAAAAGAAAUCCUAUUUUUUAAAAUAUUUUUGCUCUUUUAUUGAACAGAAGAGAUUUAGAAUUUUGUGCCUAUCACUUCUAUGAAUUGCCUUACAUUUUUGAGAUUCAGGUCGGUAUCGUAGUAGAAUAUUUGAGAAGGUAUCUACUGGAAUAGAAACAGACAGCAUUUGUAAUGUCAAAGAUCUAAGAGAUUUCUAUAAAAAUAUGCGAGAAAAAACUAGUUCACUUAGUGACUUUGAGAGUCAUACAUUUUGGGUAUUUAUUACAUAUUAGGUUGAGGAAAAAGUUCGUGCGCCGUGUUAAAAUAAUGAUUUUUUAUAUAUUUUUUUUUGUGUUUUUGAUCUGGUUUUGUGGCUAUUAUGAAAAUUUAUUGAUUUUUGAAACGCUUGAACC